AUGCAUUUUUGUGGUCUGUCUACACUGGAAGACCAUAUCACGUACCCUCUCACUAUGCCAUCCAAGGCACUGGUGCCAGCGAUGGGCCUACGUCCAAGUAAACAACCAAGAGACCGUCGCCAGGAUGUGAGGAUUAAACCCAAGCCCUCUCACAAGACUUUGCUGACCAUCGAGGAAGCGAUCGAGAUGAGCUCAACUCAUCCAGACUCGAGUUUGGAAGCUACCAGCGACGACGACCCUCUAGCCAGAUACUUUGAUCCGCAGACCUCCAUACUGCACGAACACAUCAUCGAGCCGCCCUCUCCGCCAAUAGCGACGUGGGAAGGAGAUCUCCAGCAUCGCAUCGACAAUGAGCGAGGGUUGACUGCGUCGAUAGAUCGUUUCAUGGAUCGGGCCGUUAGAUGCGUUGAGGCUGCGCUAGGUCAUGCGUGA